CCGGGUACGCCAGAGACGCCGCGUGUCCCCUCCUGUGGCAUGUAUAAAAAAGCCAUUUCCGUCGUGAAGGAGAUUUCUGGCCACUCUUACCGGCAAAGAACAGACGUCAACGUCACACAAUCAGCCAUUCUUCAUUGCUCCUCGCCCACGAAGCGUUCGUUGCCAACAACUGUUCCAAAUUCUCCCGUGUCGGGUAGUGCUGGCGUAUAAAUUCUUCGAAUCGGACAUCCACUCCGAGGCAGGAUGAUACUCCACAGUUAGCGAACAAGAUACACACACUGGAGAAACCCGGAAAGGCGAACGAAAAGCGGUAAAGCACACACGGCCAAGUGGAUCUUUGGAGAGGCUAUCAUAGAACAACACCGGAAAAACACGGAAUCCUCCCUUCGAAACGAGACCUCUUCGUCAAUCGCUCGCGCGCGCGCGUAAUCCUAUCGACACUCGGAUUUAGGAAAACAGACACCAACACCACUGGUUCGAAGCAGGACAAGGGCCCGCCCGUGAGUGAGCGAGUGCUGGGGAGAGAAUGUCUCCGUCAACGGCAGCACUGGCAACCCUUGUUGCCAUCCUAAGCACACUGCUCGGGACGACCCACUCCACGACCGCCUCAAAAGUUCCGGUAAACAAGUGCUGCGAGAAGUUCGAGGUCUACUACGAUGGGAAAUGUACCGUCAGCGAAACGGUCAACGUUACUAGCGGAUGGACACCGGAAUUUACCGGUCGCAAUGGUGAGCGAAACGUGUCCGUUACCUACCGUUUCGUUAUCGGGCUGCCGGAUUGUGGCACGAGACAGAAGUUCGAUAUCUACGAAUAUCACGACAGCUACGACAAAUUGAUACUCUUUCCGGACGGGCAGCUGCGCCAUCGCAGUCUGAAUCACAAAGAGCCCGCUCGGAGCAGCAGCACUGGUGAGGAUUACCCGGAAUCGGAUGACCCACAUGAGCCCCACCGACAGUAUGAUUACGUGCAGGGAUUGUACUGUAUGGACCGGUCGAUCGAAAGUGGCCGAGAUGGUGGCGAACGUAUGGAGAGAUUGGUCGCAAAAGUGUGCUCCCCGAAGCAGGAAACCCACUGGACCGAUAGCGACGUGAUGCUGCGCAAAAUUAUCAAUCCAAUCUGUCACGGGCUGGCGAUCGUAAUACUGCUCGUUGUGGCCAUCAUCUACUUCGUCCUGCCGACGUUGCGCGAUCUGGUCGGUAACAUGGUGACGACGAUUACGAUGUGCUUGAUCGUAAGCCAGGCGGCAGAUCUCGUGAGGAUUUUCACCGAGUUCAGUAACCACGUUAGCUUCCUCAUCGCUGACCUGUUCUUCUACAUCAGUCUGCUCGGGGCGUUCUUCUGGCUCAAUGCGAUGGGCUACUACAUCUGGAAGAUGUUCCGAACGCGCAACGUGUUUCUGCGCGUUAGUGAUGGGCGGAAGUACUGCUGGUACUCCUGCUACGCCUGGGGCUGUACCGGCACGAUGGCGGCCAUUGCCCUGUUUGCACACUACUUCCUGAACCUGCCGGGUCGCACGCCACAACAGCAGCAACAGCAGCACCUCGCCUCCGGUGCCGGAGACAGCGUGUUCGAGAACCAGGAUAAUAUAAGCUGGCUCGGUAUUGCCGUAUUCUUCAUGCCCAUUGCGUUCAUCAUCAUCGUCAACAUGUUCUUCUUCGUCACGACCUUAAGGUUCAUCAAUCGGAUGCACACCUACGGCCGGAUUCACCAUAAGUUGCGCUGUAGCUUCGUGAUGUUCACGCUGAUCUUCGCCACGAUGAGCAUCGCCUGGCUGUUUCUCAUCCUCUCCUGGCUGCAUUUCGAUGGCCUGCUGUACAUGCACAUCGUGGCCAAUGCCUUGCAAGCGCCCUGCCUGCUGUACAUCUGCGUCCUACGCCAGAAGCACGUUACCUUUUUGGUGAAGUCAUGCUUCCGAGACCAAACGCCUCAAACUGGCGAGUGGGGUGACGAGAUGACCUACAUGAACGGUGGCGAUUACUAACGAACUCAAAACUUUCCACCUGAUUCUUUACCCAUCGCACCGAUAAAUCUCAUUCUUUGGCACAAAACAAUCGAUUUCAGUUUAUAUCGAAGAAAGCAAAUGUUAGAAGAUUCGCUUUUCGGUUGACACUCAACCCUUAUGUCCUUUACGAAUUCUUCGCCCGGCAUAAAAAACCCCUUGAAUCUCAGUGAACGAGAGAAGCAAAAAUCGAAACGAAACGUCCAUUUAUGGUGUCUUAUGUACUGACUGUGUAACCUCAAGAAAUUAUCUCUUAAUUUAAGUGUUGUAAUUUAAGUAGCGGCACUUGACAUUUAAAGUGUAACGAUAUAGUAUUUACACAAUUUAUCAAAUAUGGUCUGUGGAACAACAAAUUAACUCUUAACACCGGUAUGCUUCCAGAGGGUUUUAAUAGCUUUCGUGAUCUGUUCGGCAGCAAACAUAGUCAUAAGCACGUACAGACCACUAGUGCUAGUAGUCAUUAAAUCGAGCAAAUCAAGUUUUUUGGUAGGUCGAAGAACAAGGGAAGUUUACAAACUUCUUUCUUCAUGAAUCUUGCUAGUAUCAUAUUAGGUGUAGAUAGGAAGAGGAACAAAUUUGUUGUAUAAAAUCGAAAACAUAUUCUUUUAUACGAAUUGGAAUACAAAUACUUGAUGAAAGCAACCCAAAGUGGCCGCCAAGAUCGAGUCUUAAAAGUAUAAGUUAGCAGUAUGGUAAAAGAGAACGGAUAUUCCUCUGACGAAAAUAAAAU